AUGGCUGAGGCCUGCGAGCCCUUUGAUUCAUCUCCCGUUGCUGCAGCAGAGGUGUACGUACACCGCAGCAACGCAGCUUCCCCAUCUACAGCAACAGCAGCAGCAGCAACAGCAGCAGCAGCAGCAGCAGCAGCAGAAGAUAUGGAUGGUGAAUGGUUUGAGGUGUCUGGCGAGGAGAGAGAGAGCGAGACCGCUGCAUCUCCCAGUGCUGAAGCAGCAGCAGAAGCAGCAGGAGCAGCAGGAGCUGCAUCUGGAGCUGCAGAUACACCUCAGCAAGCUUCAUACUUAGCUGAUGAAGCAGCUAUUCACGAGUUAAUAAAAAACCUUCGUUCUCUUCGAGACGCUCACGCCUCAGUGGGGCAAUAUGCAGCAGCGCAGCGAAUUGAGGGCCGCAUCAAAGACCUCGAUAUUUAUUUUGCUGCUGUGGUGCAGCAGCGCCUAAAAAGCAAACAUCUCCUCUUCAACGCCGCCUUAGAAAGAAGCAGGUUCAAAGAAAUACGCAGACUCGCCACUGCGCUGGUCCGCUCAACGCAGUUAGCUAGCUAG